AUGUCAUAUCAACUCUAUAGGAAUACUACUAUUGGCAAUACAUUGCAGGAAAGCCUUGAUGAAUUAAUUCAAUAUGGACAAAUAACACCGACAUUGGCCGUUAAAGUAUUAUUACAAUUCGAUAAAUCUAUUAAUCAAGCGUUAUCGAGCAGGGUAAAAUCUAGAUUAACCUUCAAAGCUGGAAAAUUAAAUACAUAUAGGUUUUGUGAUAAUGUUUGGACUUUUAUGUUAAAUGAUGUUGAAUUCAGAGAAGUUCAUGAAGUGGCUAAAGUGGAUAAAGUUAAAAUAGUGGCAUGUGAUGGCAAAAAUGUGGAAGACCGUAGAUAA